GGCUCAGAUGUCGGAGGAGCUAGUGGUGGCUCUGGCGUUCAGCACCCUCCGUCUGGGGCAGCAGGGGCUGGCAGCCCCGGCCCCUGCCCCUGCCCGUCCCCGUCCCCCAACCCCAUGCCUCAGUCCUAACGGCGACACCCUCCCCCGCGGGGGGCCUUUCCCCGUGACCCCGGCCCGCCCCGCCCAAGUCCGGAGCCAUGAACGACCAGUACCACCGGGCGGCCAGGGACGGCUACCUAGAGCUCCUCAAGGAGGCCACCCGGAAGGAGCUGAACGCCCCCGACGAGGAUGGCAUGACCCCCACCCUCUGGGCUGCCUACCAUGGCAACUUGGAGUCCCUGCGCCUCAUCGUGAGCCGGGGGGGAGACCCAGACAAGUGUGACAUCUGGGGCAACACGCCCCUGCACCUGGCAGCUUCCAAUGGUCACCUGCACUGCCUCUCCUUUCUGGUGUCCUUCGGGGCCAACAUCUGGUGCCUGGACAACGACUACCACACCCCGCUGGACAUGGCCGCCAUGAAGGGCCACAUGGAGUGCGUGCGCUACCUGGACUCCAUCGCGGCCAAGCAGAGCGGCCUCAACCCCAAGCUGGUGGGCAAGCUGAAGGACAAGGCCUUCCGCGAGGCGGAGCGGCGCAUCCGCGAGUGCGCCAAGAUGCAGCGCAAGCACCACGAGCGCAUGGAGCGGCGCUACCGGCGCGAGCUGGCGGAGCGCUCCGACACACUCAGCUUCUCCAGCCUCACGUCCAGCACCCUGAGUGGCCGGCUGCAGCACCUGGCGCUGGGCAGCCACCUGCCCUACUCGCAGGCCACGCUGCACGGCACCAACAAAGGCAAGACCAAGAUCCAGCGGAAGCUGGAGCGGCGCAAGCAUGGCGGCGAGGGCACCUUCAAGAUAUCGGAGGACGGCCGCAAGAGUGUGCGCUCGCUCUCCGGCCUGCAGCUGGGCAGCGACGUGAUGUUCGUGCGCCAGGGCCCCUACGCCAACCCCAAGGAGUGGGCUCGCUCCCCACUCCGGGACAUGUUCCUCUCCGACGAGGACAGCGUCUCUCGUGCCACACUGGCGGCCGAGCCAGCGCACUCGGAGGUCAGCACUGACUCGGGCCACGACUCCCUGUUUACCCGGCCCGGCCUGGGCACCAUGGUGUUCCGCAGGAACUACCUGGGCAGCGGGCUGCACGGGCUGGGCCGCGAGGACGCGGCGCUGGACGGCGUGGGCGCGCCGCGGGCGCGGCUGCACAGCUCCCCCAGCCUGGACGAUGACAGCCUGGGCAGUGCCAACAGCCUGCAGGACCGCAGCUGCGGGGAGGAGCUGCCCUGGGACGAGGUGGACUUGGGCCUCGACGAGGACCUGGAGCCCGAGACGAGCCCGCUGGAGACCUUCCUGGCCUCUCUGCACAUGGAGGACUUCGCCUCCCUCCUGCGGCACGAGAAGAUCGACCUUGAGGCGUUGAUGCUGUGUUCAGACCUCGACCUCCGGAGCAUCAGUGUCCCGCUGGGGCCCCGCAAGAAGAUCAUGGGGGCCGUGCGGAAGCGGAGGCAGGCGCUGGAGCGCCCCCCUGCCCUGGAGGACACAGAGCUAUAACAGGGGGCUCCUCCCCCCAAGACCAAAAUGAAUUGCAAGUUGCCACAACCCACGGUGGGGCCACGGAGUCCUCACAGUUGCCAGCCCUGCAGCCCCCCGGGCCCCUGCCCAGGGGUGAGGACCAUGUGGGUCGUCUCCUCUGAGCUCUGAAGCACUGGGUUCGGCCUGGAGGCUCCCAGUCGGGUCCUGGAGCCCUUGGGCCACGCCCAUCUGAGUGGCCCUAAAGGACAUGGGGAUUUGCAGGCGGCCAGAGGAAAGGUGGGGGUCCCCAGGGCCCUGGGGCCAGAUGACAGGCCCCUGAGACCUUGGGUGGGAGUAUGUGUGUUAGGGGUGGGCACGGCCCAUCCCAGGGGCCACUGUCUGCCCCGCCCCUGCUCUGAGGGUCUCGUCCUGCUCAGGUUGGACACUUGCUCACUUGCUUCACUUGCUCCCCUCUUGUGAAGGGAGGAAUGUGGGCUGCCUCCCCUCCCCCCGUACGCCCCAGAGAAGAGGUCCUGGCUAGACUCUUCAGCCAAAUGUCCUGACUGGAGUCCCCAGCCCCGCCCCUAGCACAGCCAGCCCACUUCUCCUCCCUGCACUGGCCACGCUGGGGCUUUGGAUUGCCAGGCUGGAGUGUGUGUCGGGGGUCACCAGCAGCCUUCCCAGCUCACCCUGGGGUGGGGUCCAGCCUGGCUCUGUCCUCCCUCCCCUCUUCUCCCCAGCCCUCCCUCUCCUUGGCUGAGUAGCCUGGGACCCCAGGGACCCCAGAGAGUCAGGGCAAUGGAUGCAAAGGUGCUAGAGUAACCCACUGGCUGCAGUAUUGUGGGCCCCAGGCCUGAAACCAGUGGGGACUGGGCAGGGCGGACGUCUAGCCCACCGUGGGCAAUCCUGUCCUGUGGACACCGGAGCCCGAGGACGGGGGUUAUCUGAGCUGCUGAUGGCCCCCAGGUCCCAGGGCUCUGUGUGCCUGUGUUGGGGGUUGGUGGGCGGAUUUCCCUCAAGGCCUGGAGGUGGCUGCAUGUCCUGCAUGAGUAGUGCGUAAGGAAGAGUGACACGUGCCUCUGCUGUGUGAUGGUGGUGAGUCCUGGAGAGAGACCAGCCCCAGGGGGUCCUCAGACGUGUGUCCUCAGAGCUCUCCAGUCAGACUGAGGUCGCAGAUGUGGGAGAGCCACUCG